AUGGAUUCUGCAAGUCUUUUUGAUGUCAAGGGCAAAGUGGUGCUGGUCACCGGCGGAGCCAAGGGUAUCGGUCGCAUGAUUUCCGAGGGCUAUGUGACCAAUGGUGCUACUGUCUACAUUUCGUCGCGCGAUGCGAAUGCCUGCGACCAGGCCGUGAGCGAGCUGAAUGCUCUCGGAAAGGGCAAGGCCCAUGCCAUUCCCGCCAACUUCUAUAACUAUGAGGACGUCAAGAAGCUGGCCGAGGAGCUAGCCAAGCGCGAGAGCAAGCUCGAUGUUCUGGUCAACAACUCCGGCUCGAAUUGGGGCGCCCCCUACGACGAGUAUCCCACCGAGGCCUUCACCCGUGUCCUGACCCUGAACCUCCACCGAGUCUUCGAUCUCACCAAGCUUGUGACUCCCCUUCUUGAGAAGGCGGCCGCUCCGAACAAUCCGGCCCGCAUCAUCAACAUUGGCAGUAUCGACGGUCUCCGGGUCCCCUCGCUGGAGACAUUUGCCUACAGUUCCAGCAAGGCCGGUCUGCACCACCUCAGCCGGACUCUCGCCAAUCACCUGGGCAAGCGCAACAUUACUUCGAACACAUUGGCCUGCGGUCCUUUCGAGAGCAAGAUGAUGGCCGCCACCCUCAAGUCGUUUGGCGAGGCCAUCAAGGCCGGAGUGCCCCUGGGACGCAUUGGAACGCCGCAGGAUGUGGCCGGCGCUUGUUUGUUCCUGAGCAGCCGUGCAGGCGCCUACAUCAAUGGCGCGACCAUUACCGUGGACGGCGGCAGUGCCAUCGCGGCCAAAAUCUAA